AAACAACACAACAAUCAUGGAAGCAUACAUGCCUGGUCGCAGAUGGCUCGCAGUGCCUGGAAGCGACAAGCAGAGCGCACUCUACGCUGUUGCGGCUGGUCUCGCCUCCCGUGUCGACAUGGAACGCCCUCUUGACUGGUCCGAAGGCACUCCAGAACGCGAGAUCCUCGACUACCUCAGACGUUUGACCACUGGUCCAGGCUCCCGCCUCACUGGCGUCAUGGAGUUGUCCACAAUCUAUAUGCUCGAGUCAAUUAUCAGAACCUGGAACGACACCCGUCAGGGAGGGCAGUACGGCCUCAUCGUCAAUGAUGAGCUCCUCAUUGGUGGCCGCAACUACCUCCACAUGCUCGCGGGAUCAACAAAGCUUCCCGAUUGUACCGUCGUUCUUCGUCAGGGCGGCCGCCGCUGGGAAGUCCUUGCUCACUUCACUGAUCCCAGGACCACGAAGAUCAUCAUCGAUGAGCUCCAGAAGCAUUCGUCAACCAUGCUACGUACAGUCGAGAAGCUGAAGGAGGAUCUUGAGAAGCUCCCCUCGCCUGCUCCUGCCAGCUUGACUGCCACCAUGGAAGUGCUUUUGGCUGCCCUGAAACUGGCCGCUGUUGCUGAAGACAAGGAGACCACUGCUUAG